CAUGCCUUGGAAAACGUCUCCUGGAGCCUUUCUUUAUUUCCUUUUAUAGUUUUACAAAAAUCGAAAAAGAGAGUGUUGAGAAUCCAAUCGAUUCGAAUUGAAUCGAUCGCGAAGAAAUAUUUUUCGAAUGGAGGGUGAUGAAGAUUUCUACAGCGGCAACGAAUACGCCGACAACGACUCCGAUUACGCCGACAGCGUCGACGCCGAUUACGAGUUCGUGGAAGACGACGUUGAUGAUUCCGAUGACCUCGUCUUCCUCCGCCGCCAGCAAAACUAUAGUGUGUUGAGCGAGGAGGAUAUUUGUAAGCUGCAAGAAGAAGAUAUCUCGAGGGUUUCUUCUGUUCUGUCCAUUUCAACUGUCUCUUCUGCUAUCCUCCUUCGUCACUACAAUUGGUGUGUAAGCAGAGUUCAUGAUGAAUGGUUUGCUGACGAAGAAAAAGUCCGACAGGCUGUUGGCUUGUUGGACAAACCUCUUGUUCAUUUUCCAUCUGAUGCUGAAUCUGAACUUACUUGUGGUGUUUGUUUUGAGACUUUCCCUUCUGACAAAUUGCAUGCUGCUGCUUGUGGUCACCCUUUUUGCGAUUCAUGCUGGGAAGGUUAUAUAUCCACGGCGAUUAAUGAUGGUCCAGGGUGUCUUAUGUUACGAUGCCCAGAUCCUUCUUGCAAAGCUGCUAUUGGUCAGGAUAUGAUCAAUUCUUUAGCUCCUGAGAAAGAUAGACAGAAGUACACAAGUUAUUUUGUUAGAUCUUAUGUUGAAGACAAUAGAAAGACCAAGUGGUGUCCUGCUCCAGGCUGUGACUACGCUGUAAACUUUGUUGUUGGGAGUGGUAAUUAUGAUGUGAAUUGUCGAUGUUGUUACAGUUUCUGCUGGAAUUGUGCUGAAGAAGCUCACCGUCCUGUGGAUUGUGACACCGUAUCUAAGUGGAUAAUGAAGAAUAGCGCUGAAUCUGAGAACAUGAAUUGGAUUUUGGCAAAUUCGAAGCCCUGUCCAAAAUGUAAACGGCCAAUAGAGAAGAACCAGGGUUGUAUGCAUAUUACAUGUACCCCGCCAUGUAAAUAUGAGUUCUGCUGGCUCUGUCUUGGAGCAUGGACAGAGCAUGGAGAAAAGACAGGUGGCUUUUAUGCUUGUAACCGUUAUGAUGCAGCAAAGCAAGACGGCAUUUAUGAUGAGACUGAAAAACGCCGAGAGAUGGCAAAAAACUCUCUUGAGAGAUAUACCCAUUACUAUGAAAGAUGGGCAACCAAUCAAUCGUCUAGGCAAAAGGCGCUGACGGAUCUUAAGAAGAUGCAAACAGAUGAGAUAGAGAAGCUUAGUGACAUACAGUGUCAACCUGAAUCACAACUGAAGUUCAUUAUAGAAGCGUGGUUACAGAUAGUUGAAUGCAGACGAGUUCUUAAAUGGACAUAUGCUUAUGGUUUUUACAUACCUGACCAUGAGCAUGGAAAGAGAGAGUUUUUCGAGUACUUACAAGGCGAAGCUGAGUCAGGCCUUGAACGACUUCAUCAGUGUGCUGAAAAAGAACUGAAGUUGUACUUUGAAGCCAAAGGUCCAUCGGAAGAUUUUAAUGAGUUCCGCACAAAACUCGCAGGUUUAACAAGUGUGACCAAAAACUAUUUCGAGAACUUGGUUCGAGCGCUGGAGAAUGGGUUACCGGAUGUGAACUCGCAUGGUGCAUAUGGUAGAGCGUCAAGUUCAAAGAAUAAGGGAUCCACUUCUCGAGCCAGCAGCACGGAUACAGGCCAAUGGGCUUGUGAACGUUGCACUCUUGUAAAUCCAAAGUCGGUCACCAUUUGCCAAAUUUGUGAACAUGGCCGGUGAAGAAAAGGAUGCCAGCAGGAAAUCUUCUUGCUUGCACAAAAAACAUUGUAUUAUUAGUCUUUUUUUGUCUCGCGACUAUGGUCAAGUGGAAGUGUCUUCGAAACUUUUAUGCAUGUUUUUUGUUACUGGAAUAUCAAAGCUGAAUGUCUUUAACAAGAUAAUUAAUAAAUUGGCUAAAUGCGAAUUUAUGUA